AUGAGCAAAUUCGGGACACUGGUGAUGGGACCAGCUGGCGCCGGUAAAUCAACCUUCUGCAGCGGCCUCAUCCAAUACCUCCAGAACAACAAGCGCCCUUGCUUCUACGUUAACCUCGACCCCGCCGCUGAAGACUUCGCGUUCGAGCCAGAUCUCGACAUCAAGGACCUGAUCAGUCUUGAAGAUGUCAUGGAAGAGAUGAGCCUUGGCCCCAACGGCGGUUUGAUCUACUGUUUCGAGUUCCUGAUGGAGAACCUCGACUUCCUGACAGACCCGCUCGAGGAGGUCACCGAGGACUAUCUCAUCGUCUUCGAUAUGCCCGGGCAAAUCGAACUUUACACCCACGUACCAAUCCUGCCAGACCUCGUAAAGACGCUCAUGCACGGCAGUCUCAACAUCCGCAUGUGCGCCGCAUACCUGCUCGAGGCAACCUUCGUCGUCGACCGCCCCAAGUUCUUCUCUGGCACACUAUCAGCCAUGAGCGCUAUGCUCAUGCUCGAGAUGCCACAUAUCAAUAUCCUAAGCAAGAUGGAUCUGGUCAAGGGGCAGGUAGCGAAGCGCGAGCUCAAGCGCUUCGUCCAGGUCGACGCUGAUCUCAUCGAAGACGAUCCGUCACGCAGAACAACAGAUGAGGAAGACAACAGGAAGUACCGGGAUCCUGCGACAACAGAGAGCUUGAUGAGUGGCUCGGCUUUCCACAAGCUCAACAAGGCUGUUGCGCAGCUGAUUGAUGACUUCAGCAUGGUCUCAUAUCUUAAGUUGGAUGUGCAGGACGAGGACAGCUUGGGCGCCGUGCUGAGCUACAUCGAUGACGCAAUCCAGUUCAAUGAAGCACAGGAACCGAAGGAGCCUAAGGAGAUGAAUGUGGAGGAGUAA